UAUGGGGGUGAUUUGAGUUCUGCCUCUCCUGGUCCAGAAGUUUGCACAGCUUUUCUGGUAAAUGUGCUCUCAGAGCUUCUACGCCCAAAGGACAGAACUCAUCAAAGUAUGUAUUAAGUGACUUAAAAUCAUUGGUGCUGUAUAUACUUUGAUAAUUAAUAUGUCUGCCAUAGGACCACCAGCUAAAACAAAUGAAAUGUAUACUUUCAUUUGAAACACAGCUGUGAGAUCAGUCAAUAAUCUUGUCUUUGCAAUUAAAAAGAGAUCAGACAGACAAGUGUUCACCAAUAUAAAAAAAAAGACUGCUAACCUAAAAGCCUAUUUAUUUGAUGAUAUUGGGAACACCCUCUCUUUGAGGGUCUCUUAAAAUUAAAUGGAAAAAAUUCAAUUAAAUGAUAUUUGAAGACCAAAGCCAUGUUUAAUCAUUAGCCCAGAGGACAAAAGAAACAUAAAAAGCUUUUCUUUUUUAAUUUAUCCAGACUCAGCAAUAUAGUUCUGCUUUGUAAACCAUCCAUAAAAAUCAAAAAACCAAACCUGUUGGUGUUGAGUUGAUUCUGUCUCAUAAUGAUCCUAUAGGACAAACGGUAGGGUUUCCAAGGCUGUAAAUCUUUACAGAAGCAGACUGCCAAAUCUUUCUCUACUGGGUGGAUUCAAACCACUGACCUUUCCAUUAGCAGCUGAAUGCUUUAACCACUGCACCACCAGGGCUCCCAUAAACCAUCCGUAAUAAGUAUUAAAGGCCAACAGUUGAAUAGGAACAGAACAGCCAUUCUACUGCAGCUGUUUUACCAAGUCAUCUUUUUUUGUUUUGUUUUACGGAGAAGGAAACAGGCUUAGAGAGGUGAAGUGACCCACUUAAUAAGUGGCAAAACCUAGAUCUAGCUCCAAGUUAUACCCCAUAAACAGUUAUUCACCAAAUAAGAAAAAUUGAAAAGAGUGGUUGAUACUUCAAAUCCAUGAUCCGCUAAUAUUCUUAUUCUAGGAAUGUUAGCCAUAACAGAUGUGUCCCAAACCUACUAGAAUUUCAUUCAUAAAUUUCCUGGAAUUAAGGCUUAAGGGAGAGAAGAUGCCCAUAUUCUGGCUUGGGGAACCAGUAGUUGAUGAUAAAAUUCUUUGAGGAGCCCUGGUGGUACAAUGGUUAAGCGCUUGGCUUCUAACUGAAAGGUUUUCUUAAAUGUUUUCUUGGAGCCUUAAAAAUGGAGACCACAGGAAUGACUGGUGUGUCACUGAAACGUGGGUCACAUGCCGUGGAAGAUAAUGGCAGCCUGGCUCCAGGGGAGGAGGUAAAAAGACAGAAGGUCUCAGAAUGCUGUCUGAGCAAAGGUCAAGAUGGCAUAGAGAGUGACACUCUACCCAGCAGUCAGAACGUGCCUGCAGCGCCUGAAGCUGUAAGUGCCUGGGAAGGUAAGAAGAAUUCUGAUGCUCAGUUGGAAGAUGAGGAAGAGGAGGAAGAAGAUGGCCUUUCAGAGGAAGGUGAGGAGGAAGAGGAAGUGGAGAGUUUUGCAGACAUGAUGAAGCAUGGACUCACCGAACUUGAUGUAGGCAUCACCAAGUUUGUAAGUUCCCAUCAAGGAUUCUCAGGAAUCUUAAAAGAAAGAUAUUCUGACUUCGUUGUUCAUGAAAUAGGAAAAGAUGGACGAAUCAGCCAUUUGGAUGACUUGUCUGUUCCAGUGGAUGAGGAGGAUCCUUCAGAAGAUGUAUUUACGGUUUUGACAGCUGAAGAAAAACAACGUUUGGAAGAACUCCAGCUUUUUAAAAAUAAGGAAACCAGUGUUGCCAUUGAGGUUAUUGAAGACACCAAAGAGAAAAGAACCGUCAUCCAUCAAGCUAUUAAAUCUCUGUUUCCAGGAUUAGAGACAAAAACAGAGGAUAGAGAGGGGAAGAAAUACAUUGUUGCCUACCAUGCAGCUGGAAGGAAGGCUUUGGCAAAUCCAAGAAAACAUUCUUGGCCGAAAUCUAGGGGGAGUUACUGCCACUUUGUAUUAUACAAGGAAAACAAAGAUACCAUGGACGCUAUUAACGUGCUGUCUAAAUAUUUAAGAGUCAAGCCAAACAUAUUCUCCUACAUGGGAACCAAAGAUAAAAGGGCUAUAACAGUUCAAGAGAUUGCUGUUCUCAAAAUAACUGCUCAAAGACUUGCCCACUUGAACAAGUGUUUGAUGAACUUUAAGCUCGGAAAUUUCAGCUAUCAGAAAAACCCUUUGAAAUUGGGAGAGCUUCAAGGAAAUCACUUCACUGUUGUUCUCAGAAAUAUAACGGGAACGGAUGAGCAAGUACAACAAGCCAUGCACUCUCUCAAGGAGAUUGGAUUUAUUAACUACUAUGGAAUGCAGAGAUUUGGCACUACAGCUGUCCCUACAUAUCAAGUUGGAAGAGCUAUACUACAAAAUUCUUGGGCCGAAGUCAUGGAUUUAAUAUUGAAACCCCGUUCUGGAGCUGAAAAAGGGUACUUGGUCAAGUGCAGGGAAGAAUGGGCGAAGACCAAAGACCCAGCUGCUGCCCUCAAAAAACUACCUGUCAAAAGGUGUGUGGAGGGGCAGCUGCUUCGAGGACUUUCAAAAUAUGGAAUGAAGAAUAUAGUCUCUGCAUUUGGCAUAAUACCAAGAAAUAACCGCCUAAUGUAUAUCCAUAGCUAUCAAAGUUAUGUAUGGAAUAACAUGGUGAGCAAGAGGAUAGAAGAGUACGGGCUAAAACCUGUUCCAGGGGACCUUGUUCUCAAAGGAGCCACAGCCACCUAUAUUGAGGAGGGUGAUGUUAAUAAUUACUCCAUCCAUGAUGUGGUAAUGCCCUUGCCUGGCUUCGAUGUUAUCUACCCAAAGCAUAAAAUUAGUGAAGCCUACAGGGAAAUGCUCGCAGCAGACAGUCUUGAUAUUGACAACAUGAGACACAAAAUUCGAGAUUACUCCCUAUCAGGGGCCUACCGAAAGAUCAUUAUUCGUCCUCAGAAUGUCAGCUGGGAAGUUGUUGCCUAUGAUGAUCCUAAAAUCCCACUUUUCAACACAGAUGUGGACAACCUAGAAGGGAAACCACCACCAGUUUUUGCUUCUGAAGGCAAAUACAAGGCUCUGAAGAUGGAUUUUUCGCUUCCUCCUUCUACAUAUGCUACCAUGGCCAUCCGAGAAGUGCUUAAAAUGGACACCAGCAUCAAGAACCAGACCCAGCUCAAUACGACCUGGCUCCGCUGAGCGCCUUGUCCACAGAUUAGAAAACACACAUGCGUGUUGCUUACUUGCUUCCUGUUCAUUUUUCUCUUAGGACAGACCCAUAUGUGGAUUUUGAAUCUUUGUAGUAAAAUAUUAUUUGUAUUUUUUCAAGUUUUUAUUAGCUUAAAUCAAUAAUUUGCAAUGUUUGUACACACAUACAAAUCCUGAGGAUCCUAACUGUAGCCCAGAGAAUAUAAAAUUGGUCAGAAUAUAUUUCAGGUGCUUCAGUCAUAGUAAAAUAUCAGCUUUACUGGCAUUAUAAUAAUGAGAAAGGACUUUGAUCUAAAGUAGCAAUUUUAGGUGUUUGCUACUUUCUUGAAGGACAACAAAUUUUUAACACAUCCGUAAAUGCAGUACACAGCAAUGCAUUCAUAAGACACAAAUGCAACCAAAUCUUGACUAUGGUUAAAUAAUUUGAGGGCCCCUGACUCUAAAUAUAAAUACAGUACUCAUGCUUAUUUAAAUGAUAAUGAAACACAUACAGGGUUAUAAACACAGUAGCGAUGAUCUAGCUCGAGUGCCUGUACCAGGUCCAGGCAGGCAUUUACAGGCUUUUUAGUUGCAAUAGCUUUUGCAUUUAUCUUACUGCCUUGCAGGAAAGUUGCAUUGAUAAGACUUUUUUUUUUCUGGAUGUGAACAUUUGCCGCUAUUUUUCUUCGUUAAGAUCUAAUUUUUACUCUAGGUGCCUUUUAUGUUCAGGACUCUUUCCACUGAACUGGUAUUUGUUCAAAAAUAAAUAAUGGCAGAGAAGAAUACUUUAAAAACUUACAAGGGCUCCUCCUAUGUUACCUGUGUCACCCUAUGUCACCAAGAGCUUAGGUAUUUCCAUUCCAGGCAUUGCGUAAAACUUGCCACUGGUGUGAAAGGAUAAAUACACCUUUCUAAAAUUAUGUGACAUAAUUGUACCAGUGUUUAUUUUCUAUCAUUUCUGGAACCAAAUGUAAUAAAUAUUUUUUAAAACUCCUUUUUACUCGUUAAUAAAUCAGGUAUCUAAAACAGUGCAAACGAGAAUCUCUGCCUUAACUACAGGCAAGGACCGGAGUGAGUGAGGAACCCUCAGAAUGGUGUUGAUACAAAAGUAUGUCGUGAUCCAGGUGCAAGAUACCAUGCAAAUACUACACUAGAGUAUCAAGUUUUAUGAAUAAAUGUACUAUGUUCCUUACGAUAGCAUCACUCAUGUGCCUUCCAGUGUGCUUUCUGGAGUGGAAGAGAAAGGAAUGGAGAAAAGCUACCAUACCUGGAACAUCACACCAUUGAAAUGUGAAUGGUAUUUGUCCUGUAUCUGGCAGUGGAAGCAAGACUGAGAACUCUUUUCCAGCCCUUUCAUUUUAAUGACAUCCACCAUACUGCUGAGGGUAAAAAAAAGUUAAAACGUCAUGGUAAAUUAUCCUUUCAGCUGGUUGAUAUCCAAAGAAUCUCUUGGCCCAGAAAGGCCAAAUUUAUUAAAUGUACAUUGGUCCCAUCUGUACUUUGCAGUAAUAAGUUAUUCUUUUUCAUCAGACUGACUAGUGGAAAAGUGUUUAUUAAGGGCACCUAAGUCUGCCAAUUGCAAGUGCAUUCAAUAGUUCUAAAAACUUUAAAUUUACAUUCAAAAUAAAAAAUGAGCAUAAACUUAUACAUGUGUUCUUCAUCUGGAAAACACUUAUGGCUCUAUGUGAUGAGUUAAUUUUCAUGGCUGCAGUAGCCAACUACCAGAUUGUGCAUGUCCCUUCUUCAACACCAGUGGAAAAAUAAUGAUUCAAAGCAUAUUCUUAGAACGGGUUUGAAACUGGGGAUAUACUAUUUAACUCUAGGGACUUAGUCCACUUGGAAUAAAUCAUUUUUUUUUUUUUAACACAGACAUGAGCACAUUGUUUUUUGUUCUUGUUAACAAAGGGGGGAAGUUCCUCUCAGGCAAAUUUACAAGGCUGAAAGUAACCUCAUUUUCAACAUAGAAGUGUCAUUGUUCUUAAAUUUUUGCCUAAAAGAAAUUAUAAAGAAUCACUAUUUCUCAUUAUAAUGUAAAACUGGCACUGUUUAGGAAUGGGAAAGUAAGCUAAAGAAUGAAACUAGUGCUGUCAAAUGUUUUUAUUCAUGGUUUUGUAUUGUAGAUAAUAACUAGACUUCCAUAACACUAAUAAAAAAAUUUUCCCGGUUGAUUCAAGAAUCAACCAAAAAAUCAGUAGCAGCUGCAAUAGCACAUCAGUAUUUGCAUCUUCACCAUUUGCUCCAGGCACUACAAAUUAGCAUGAACUGCUAUUCGUACUGGAGUGUACUUUAUGGACAGUUUUGCACUAAAAGAAAGAAGGGUGGAGAUGUGUGGGUCUAUAUAUUACAUAAAAAUAAUGCAAAAAAUACAUGUGUCAUGUAACCACCAGUCUGUGCUGAUGUGUGUAUAUGUGGUGUUUGGAAACAAAAAAACAGGCUAAGAGAGUGUACCUGUAGUUUAUUCCUAUCAGAAGACGUGCAGUGAAAGCACAAUGGAAGAACUACAAAGCUAAGUAUGGCUAGGUUCUGAUUCAUAAACUGAAAAGUAUUCACAUAGCAAAAUGGUACAUGGCUUACAUAAGCAAACAGAGCCUUUGCACAGCAAAGGAUAACUUUAAGGCUUUCCUUUGUGUGGUGAAAUCUGUUCUCCUACUUUGUGGGACUGCAUUCCUGUAGGAUAGAAACUUCUCAUUUUUGGAUGAUGACUCCUUGGAAUAUCUAAGGGAAAAGUGUGAACAGUGCCUCCAGGGGGAGGAAAAUGAGGAAAUGCACACAGGCAAACAAACUGUUUAUACAGUUUGAGGGGCAUUUGAAGAAAAAAAACAAGAAAAGACCUGUUGCCAUCAAGUAGAUUCUGACUCAUAGCAACCAGAGCUUCCAACAACUGCAGUCAAGUUCAAACCCCUGCUGAGAACCUGCAUUUCUAACCAGUUCCCAGGAUAUGCUAGUGCUGCUGGUUGGGGACCAAUUCUGAGAACCACCAGUAGAGCAGUGGUUCUCAAAAUUUUUUAUGCUUAAGAAUAACCUGGGGAUCUUGUUAAAAUGUAGAUUGGGUUUCAGUAUAUCUGGGAUGAAAAUGCAAAUUCUAUUUGCUAUUAGUGACACUAUAGGACAGAGUAGAACUGCCCCAUAGGGUUUCCAAGGCUGUAAUCUUUAUGAAAACAGACUGCCACACCUUUCUUCCAUGGAGUAGCUGGUGGGUUCGAACUGCUGACGACACCAAACAGGUCAGCAGCUGAACACUUAACCAUUGUGCCACCAGAGCUCCUUUUAGAGCAUUAAUAUAUCCAAAUAAACUCCCUACUCUAGUUUUUUUCCCCAACUUUAACCCUUUGAACACCCAUAGGACUUACUUUAUCCCAUUCACUUUUUAUGCUUCUGGAGUUCUUUGGAAAGGGGGUAGCCCGAUUUUAACACCAGGUUUUAGCCUCAAGGUUUCAGUGGAUCUUCCAGACUAGGACAGACUAGGAAGAAGGAACUGCCAGUCUACUUCUAAAAAAACUAGCUGCUGAAAACCUUAUGAAUAACAGCUGAACAUUGCCUUAUAUAGUGCUGGAAGAUGAGCCCCUCGGGUUGGAAGUCACUCAAAAUACAACUGGUGAAGAACUGCCUCCUCAAAGUAGAGUUGACCUCAAUGACGUGGAUGGAGUACAAGUUUUGGGACCUUCUUUUGCUGAUGUGGCACAACUCAAAAUGAGAAGAAACAGCUGCAAGCAUCCAUUAAUAAUAGGAACAUGGAAUGUAUGAAGUAUGAAUCUAGGAAAAUUGGAAAUCAUCAAAAAUGAAAUGGGAUGCAUAAACAUUGAUAUCCUAGGCACUGGUAAGCUGAAAUGGACUGAUAUUGGCCAUUUUGAAUCAGAGAGUCAUAGGGUCUACUAUGCCUGGAAUGACAAAUUGGAGAGGAAUAGCAUCGCAUUUAUCAUUGAAAUGAACAUUUGAAGAUCUAUCCCGAAGUACAGUGCUGUCAGUGAUAGGAUAUAUCCAUAUGCCUACAAAGAAGACCAGUUAAUACAACUGGUCUUUAUAUGUACCAACCACUAAUCAUAGAUGAGGAAAUUGAAGAUUUUUACCAAAUUCUGCAGUCUGGAAUUUAUCAAACGUGCAAUCAAGAUGCAUUGAUAAUUACUGGUGAUUGGAAUGGAAAAGUUGGAAACAGAAGAAAGAACAGUAGUUGGAAAAUACGGCCUUGGUGAUAGAAAUGAUGCCAAAAAUUACAUGAUAGAAUUUUGCGAGACCAAUGACUUUUUCACUGCAAAUACCUUUUUUCAACAACAUAAACGGUGACUAUACACAUGGACCUUGCCAGAUGAAAUACACAGGAAUCAAAUCGACUACAUCUGUGGUAAGAGAUGAUGGAAAAGUUCAGUAUCAUUAGUCAGAAAAAGGCCAGUGGCUGACUGCAGAACAGACCAUCAAUUGCUCAUACACAAGUUCAAGUUGAAGCUAAAGAAAAUUAGAGUAAGACCGUGAGAGCCAAAGUACAACUUUGAGUAUACCAAAAAACCAAACCAAACCCAAUGCCGUCGAGUCUAUUCCGACUCAUAGUGACCCUAUAGGACAGAGUAGAACUGCCCCACAGAGUUUCCAAGGAGCGCCUGGUGGAUUCAAACUGCCGACCUCUUGGUUAGCAGCUGUAGCACUUAACCACUAUGCCACCAGGGUUUCCUAACCUUGAGUGUAUACCACCUGAAUUUAGACAUCGUCUCAAGAAUAGAUUUGACACUUUGAACCCUAAUAACUAAAGUUACAUGAGUUGUGGAAUGACAUCAAGGACAUGAUAUAUGAAGAAAGCAAGAGGCCAUUAAAAAGACAGGAAAGAAAAAAAAAGACCAAAAUGGAUGUCAGAAGAGGCUGAAACUUGCCUUUGAACAUAGACUAGCUAAAGCAAAAGGAAGAAAUGAUGAAGUAAAAGAGCUGAACAAAAGAUUUCAAAAGGAAGCUCAAGAAGAAAUGUGCAAAGAUCUGGAGUUAGAAAACCAAAAGGAAGAACGUGUUCGGCAUUUCUCAAGCUGAAAGAACUGAAGUAAAAAUUCAAGCCUCAAGUUGCAAUCUUGAAGAUUCUACGAGGAAAAUAUUAAACGAUGCAGGAGGCAUCAAAAGAAGGUGGAAGGAAUAUACAGUGUAACUGUAUCAAAAAGAGUUGGUUGACCUUCAGCCAUUUCAGGAGGCAGCACAUGACCAAGAACCAAUGGUACUGAAGGAAGAAGUCCGAGCUGCACUGAAGGCAUUGGCGAAAAACAAGGCUCCAGGAACUGAUGGAAUACCAACUGAGAUGUUUAAAUAAAUGGAUGCAGUGCUGGAGGUGCUCAUUCGUCUAUGCCAAGAAAAUUGGAAGACAGCUACCUGGCCAAUCGACUGGAAGAGAUCCGUAUUUGUGCCCAUUCCAAAGAAAGGUGAUCCAACAGAAUACGAAAGUUAUGGAACAAUAUCAUUAAUAUCACAUGCAAGUAAAAUUUUGCUGAAGAUCAUUCAAAAGCGGUUGCAGCAGUACAUCGACAGGGAACUGCCAGAAAUUCAGGCCGGAUUCAGAAGAGGACGUGAAAGGAGGGAUAUCAUUGCUGAUGUCAGAUGAAUCUUGGCUGAAAGCAGAGAAUACCAGGAAGAUGUUUACUUGUGUUUUAUUGACUAUGCAAAGGCGUUUAACUGUGUGAAUCAUAACAAAUUAUGGAUAACAUUGGGAAGAAUGGGAAUUCCAGAACGCUUAAAUGUAGAACCUGUACGUAGACCAAGAACAGUUGUUCAGACAGAACAAGGGGAUACUGCGUGGUUUAAAGUCAGGAAAGGAGUGUGUAAGGGUUGUAUCCUUUCACUAUACUUAUUAAAUUUGUAUGCUAAGCAAAUAAUCAGAGAAGGUGGACUAUAUAUGAAGAAGAAUGGGACAUCAGGUUUGGAGGAAGACUAACAACCAGUGAUACACAGAUGACACACCCUUACUUGCUUAAACUGAAGAGGUCAUGGAGACUUACUGAUGAAGAUCAAAGACUACAACCUUCAGUAUGGAUUACACCUCAACAUAAAGAAAACAAAAAUACAACUAAGCCAAUAAGCAACAUCAUGAUAAAUGGAGAAAAGAUUAAAGUUGUCAAGGAUUACAUUUUACUUGGAUCCACAAUCUAUGCCCAUAGAAGCAGCAGUCAAGAAAUGAAAUGACAUGACACAUUGCAUUGGGCAAAUCUGCUGCAAGAGACCUCUUUAAAGUUUUGAAAAGCAAAGAUGUCACUUUGAGCACUAGGGUGCACCUGACCCGAGCCAUGGUAUUUUCAGUUGCCUCAUAUGCAUGUGAAAGCUAGACAAUGAAUAAGGAAGACUGAAGAAGAAUUGAUGCUUUUAAAUUAUGGUGUUGGCAAAGAAUGUUAAAUAUACCACGUAGUGUCAGAAAAACGAACAAACCAGUUUGAAAGUAGUAUAGCCAGAAUGCUCCUUGGAAUCGAGGAUGGUGAGACUUGUCUCACAUACUUCGGAUAUGUUAUCAGGAGGGACCAGUCCCUAGAGAAGGACAUCAUGCUUGGUAAAGUAGAUUGUCCAUGGAUAAAAGGAAGAGUCUGAACGAGAUGGACUGACACAGUGGCUGCCACAAUGGGCUCAAGCAUAAUGAUGAUUGUGAGGAUGGCACAGGAUCAGGAAGUGUUUCAUUCUGUUGUACAGGGGAUCGCUGAGUCAGAACUGACUCCAGGGCAUCUAACAACAAACCUUAAAGUGAGAGCCUUUUGAAAUGUGUGAAACUCAAAAAUGCUGGGUGAGAGUCUCAUUUUUGUGUAGAUUGAGCUUUGUCUUAGGUGAUGCCUCCCAGAUGUGUGAAUUUUCUAAAAUUUUGACAGGUUUGCCUUUAUUUUUGUGAGAUAAGCCUCCUCACUAUGUUUCCCUUUUACUAUGUUCUCAUGAGAAUGUACUUAACGGGGGAAUAAGCUAUUGUCAGUCUUCAUUCAGUCACGGUGUCCAUUCUCUCCCUGAUGCCAUUCAUUGUUUCCAGGUGUUAGUGGCUCCCUUCUUUUCUAGCUUCUGAGCAGUAAAUAAUGUUUUUCCAAUAAGGGAUAAUGCAUUGCAGUGGUACUUUUUAAGAUAUUGGUACUCCUGUAAGUUAUUCUUACCCUGCAUUCAAUCUUAGGGCCCAGUCUUUGGGUCCAUGUAUAGCAGGUAGAAUGCGCUGGUGUGAGCAGUUCUGCAGUAUUCCAGGGCGGCUUUUUCUGCUUCUUAGCUGUUAAUACUGCUUUUGUUAUAAUGAAGAACACAUGGUAGUGGUAAUUUUCCUGAGAUUCAAAUUCUUUUAGUUUUAUUUAUUUCGCCUCUAUGUACUGCUUUUGCAGUAAUGAAGAGUGCAAUGUAGUGGUAGUUUUGCUGAGAUAAAAAAGAUCCCUUGGCUUCAUCUAUUUAUAUGGGCUAUAAGUACUGCUUUUAGAGUAAGGAAGAAUGCAUUCAUUGUACCAUGUUUUGAAAAGUUUUGUGAAAAACAAUGAUAAACCUAAGAAGGAGACUAGAAUAAAAAGUAUGUGCAGCCAUUGCUAGGUGCCUUCAUGUUUUACCUCAUGUUUUGCAAAUUUUCAAGAAAUAAAAUUUAAAAAACCACUUUUAUCAUUGACUCAUGUUGGCAGGAUUUAUGUUGGGAUAUAUGUGAUCCCAGAUAAUGAGUAUCAAAGUCCAUAACUAAUAACAAAAAUUCUGAAAUGGUCCUUUGAUCAGCAUGGCUUUAUUAGUGAAAACAUAGUAUCAACCAAAAAUUCAAAGGCGGAAAUAAUUGGUCUUGAUUAAUAUGCCGAGGGAUCACUUGGGCAUCUCAUUAUACUGUAGAACAUAUUUCAGAAAGUCCAGGAGAAGUCAGAAUCUGUGCUGCUGGUCUGCACACCACACCUGAGGUACCAAGGCUCUAGACCUGCACUGGCCAAUCCCACAGCCACUAACCACAUGUGGCAAAUUAAAUGAAAUAAAAUUUGGAAUUCAGUUCCACAGUGCCACUAGCCACAUUUCUACUGUUUCCAUAGCCAUAAGUGGCUAGUAGCUGCUGUAUUGGGAAGCGCAGAUUAGAACUUUUUCAUUGUCGAAGAAAGUUCAAUUGGACAGCAUGGCUCUAAACCAGAAAAAGCAAACCCACUGCUGUCUAAUGAUUCUGACUCAUAGCAACUGUCUUAGUCAUCUAGUGCUGCUACAACAGAAAUACCACAAGUGGAUAGCUUCAACAAAGAGAAAUUUAUUCUCUCACAGCCUACCAGGCCAGAAGUCCAAAUUCAGGGUAUCAGCUCUAGGUGAAGGCUUCCUCUGUUGGCUCUGGAGGAAGGUCCUUGUCAUCAAUCUUCCCCUGAACUAGGAGCUUCUCCGUGCAGGAACCCUGGGUCCAAAGGACUCACUCUGCUCCUGGCAUUGCUUUCUUGGUGGUAUGAGGUCCCCAAUUCUCUGCUUCCCUUUCCUCAUAUCUCUUGUAAGAUAAAAGGUGGUGCAGGCCACACCCCAGGGAAACUCCCUUUACGUUGGCUCAAGAAUGUGACCUGAACAAGGGUGUUACAUCCCACCCUGAUCCUCUUUAACCACAGGCAGAGAUUAUGAUUUAUAACAUACAGGAAAAUCACAAAAUGGAGGACAAACAAUACUGGAAAUCAUGGCCUAACCAAGUUGAUAUGUACUUGGGGGGGACACAAUUCAAUCCAUGACAGCAGCCCUGUAGGGCAGAUUAGAACUGCCCCAUAGGAUUUCCAAGGAGUGCCUGGUGUAUUCUAACUGCCAACCUUUUAGUUACCAUCCAUAGCUGUUAACCUCUACGCUAGGGUUUCCAGCACUGCUCUAGAUAAGAAGAAAUCAGUCACUGGAGAUAGAAGAGAGUCUACAUUGAUCAGGUGUGCCACCCAAGAAUGCUAGUGAUUAAAGGCAUAUGCUCAGUCAGUACAGGUGCAACGUGUGUGGGUGUGGUUAGAUUGUAAUUAGACCCAGGGCUCACAGUAGUGAUUUAAAAUUUCACACUUGAUAGAGAUCUUGGUGAUCACCCUUGUUCUAGGAAUCUUCCUUAAACUUGCUUCCACACUUCUCAUCUUCUGGCUUUCACCAGGGUCACCAAGAACUCUUUUUCCUUCUUUUCCACUUUGCGUUCAUCUAAAUGUCCUUGUUGUACCGUUUAGUUAACCAAUCUUAAGGCUCUGUGAUCUUGUUGCUCCAUAUGGGAAAUUUACCCCCCAAAAAAGUCUUAGCUAGUGUAAUUAAAAACUUUCCUUCUUGGCAGGCUCACAGUGUAGGUUCUUAUGAAAGCAACAGCUGCAAAAAGCAGGAAGCCUAAGAGUCCAUAUUAUUUUAUUGUCUUCUCGGAGUACAAUGAUGACUUUGUGUUACAGCUUUGCCACCUGCACUAAAAACACCUGGACAGUGAUCAGUAUGUAAAAGAGAUGGCAGCAAUAGGGAACUGUAAUGAGAGGAGUUAUUCAGAGCCCUUGUCUUCUAGUGCAUAUUUAUUGCCUCCACAAAAGCUCCAAGUGUUGCUCUAGAGCAGCUCUGUCCAAUAGAAAUAUAAUGUGACCCACAUGUGUAAUUUAAAUAUUUCUAGUAGUCACAUUAAAAAAAAUGAAAUUAAUUUUAAUCUAACAUAUCCAAAAUAUCAUUUCAACAAAUAUUUUACUUUUUUUUUGAUACCGUCUUCAAAAUCUCGUGUGUAUUUUACACUCAGAGCACAUCUCAGUUUGGACUAACCACAUUUCCAGGGCUUAAUAGCCACCUGUGGCCAGUAGCUACCAUGCUGGACAGUUCUGCUCUAGAAAGAAGGUGAUUUUUUGUUGCAGGUCAUUGACACAAUGUUAAAUUGGUCUUUGGGUAUCUGGGUUUUAUUUGAAAGAUUGGGAAUAUAUACAUUUGGGAGUAAGGCUAGUUAAAUGUGGUUUAUAAAUGCUUAAUGGAUUAUUGAAUUAAAUUUUAUGAUUAUUGAGAGCAAAUAUUUUUGCUAUGGGAGCACAAAAUCAUGAUUGUUAAUAUAUUCUGAAAUAUUUGAGGAUGCUUAAGAAUUUCCUUAUGCAGCUCAGAUGACACCCUGCAAUUUUCUCUCUUCUAUAAAUAAUGCAAAGCUAGUUCUUAGUGCAUCCUCUAGUUAGAUUUUGAAUUCCAAAUACGUGCAAUAUAAAUUGAGGUUUGGGAGGAUAGAGGCAGAAGAAAAUUGCGUGAGUGUUUUGCACACACAGCUGAGAAACCAAACCUGAUGGAAGUUGAUUUGAAGCAGGGCUGAGGUUUUUAUGUUUGUUUGUUUUUAAAUUAAUAACAGCCUAAUUGAGCUAUGAUUCACAUGCAGGCAGACCCCGGGUUACAAACAAGAUCUCUUCCUAAGUGUAUCUUUAAGUGGAAUCUGUAGGUAAGUGAAAACAGGUGCAUACGGUUCCCCUUUAGCCUUACUUUAGUGGAAGAAAAGGCUUGAAGCCUUUUCAAUGAUUUAGAAGCUGCACGUGCACCAAGCGAAGGUGUUUGUGGUGAAGAAUU